UCCUGGAGCGACGGUUCAGCUGAAGCGGAGACAAGCGGCCGUCGGCAGCGCUGUACCCAGCGGAAAGUUUUUCGUUUAAGGGCUUUUAUGGCGCCACGCCGCGGUGUUUAGACAGAGAUUACCCCAGUGUUUCCGUGAAUUUAGUAACUUUAUUAAAGUGAGGCGGGUGUCAUGGCAGAGGGAGCGGACUGCGGGUCAGUAAACCCUGCAAAAAGGAAGCACCCGGCCGGGAGGAAGAGCCGACAGAGCCAGGGGAAGAGGAGCUCCAGUAGCCGGGUCUGUCUGGAGAAAGUCUUGGGCAUCACCACAGCCAGCAGCAGUGGUUUGACCUCUGACCCCAACACAGGGCUCAUUGCCUACCCUGCAGGGUGUGUCGUCGUGCUGCUUCACCCGAAGAAGAACAAGCAGAGUCAAAUCAUCAACACAUCCAGGAAACCCUUCAGUGCACUGGCCUUCUCUCACGAUGGGAAACACCUGGUCACUGGUGAGAGUGGUCACAUGCCCUGCGUGCGGGUCUGGGAGCUGGAUGGAGGUCAAGUGGCCGAAGUUCAGUCCCACAAAUACGGCAUUUCCUGUGUGGCGUUCUCCACCAACAGCUCCUACAUCGUCUCCGUGGGAUACCAGCACGACAUGACCGUGAGCGUGUGGGACUGGAAGAAAGGUUCGAUCAUCGCCUCCAACAAAGUGUCCAGCCGAGUGUUCGCCAUCUCCUUCUCUCAGGACAGCAGCUACUUCGUCACCGCAGGAAACCGCCACAUCAAGUUCUGGUACCUGGACGCCUCCAAAGAGCGACGGGUGAACAGCACGGUCCCUCUGAUUGGCCGCUCUGGGUUGCUAGGCGACCACAAGAACAGCGUGUUCUGCGGGGUGGCGUGUGGGCGGGGCCGCAUGGCGUCCAGCACCUACAGCAUCACCAGCUCCGGUCUGCUGUGUAUGUUCAACAGCAACCGACAUCUGGAGGCCUGGGUCAACCUGAAGACGGCGUCAGCCAGCUGCCUGGUGGUCAGCGAGAGCUUCAUUUUCUGCGGCUGUGCUGACGGCAUCAUCAGGGUGUUCGGUCCAUCCAACCUGCAGUACAUCACCUCGCUGCACCGGCCACACCGCCUGGGAGUCGACCUCACGCAGUCUGGGCAGCACGGAAGCCUGCUACCUGCCAGCCCAGGUGCUCAGUACCCCGACACAUUGGCUUUGACCUUUGAUCCUGCUGCCGGAUACCUGACCUGUGUGUACAACGACCACAGUCUGUAUGUGUGGGAUGUUAAAGAUGUGAGGAAUGCAGGGAAGCUGUACUCGGCUCUGUACCACAGCAGCUGUGUGUGGAGUGUCGAGGUGUAUCCGGAGCUGUCGGAUCCGGCCCGGGCCUGCCUGCCGCAGUCCUCUUUCCUCACCUGCUCAUCUGAUAACACCAUCAGACUGUGGCACACCGACCCUCCCAUUGGACACAGAAACCUCUACAGCAAUGACUUGUUGAGGAUCUUGUAUGUGGGGGAGAACAUGCAGCACCUACAGGCAGAGGGGGAGGCAGCAGGGGCUGAUGGGAAGGCGGGGAUCAAAGUUCUCGGCAUCAGUCCAGAUGGGCAGCACCUGGCAGCCGGAGACCGUUGUGGAAACCUGCGGAUCUUCGGUCUGGAGUUUCUGGACGAGCUGGUAAAGAUCGAGGCUCACGACUCGGAGGUGCUGUGUGUGGAGUUCUCUCCGACAUCCACAGGUGUGAAGCUGUUGGCGUCGGCCAGCAGGGACCGACUGAUCCACAUCUUCAACCUGGAGAAGAACUACAGCUUGGAACAAACCCUGAACGACCACUCUGCCUCCAUCACCGCCGUCAAGUUCACAGGUGAGAGCCCGGACAUUCGAAUUGUUAGCUGUGGAGCCGACAAGAGCAUCUACUUCCAGACAGCUGAGCAGACUUCGGAGGGUUUGCAGUUCUCCAGGAGUCGCCACGUGGUGGAAAAGACAACUCUGUACGACAUGGACCUGGACUCAUCCAGGACUCACGUCGCCAUCGCCUGUCAGGACCGAAACGUCAGGGUUUACAACGUGGAAACGGGAAAGCUGAGGAAGUGUUUAAAAGGCUCGUCCAGUGAUGAAGGAGCCCUCUUGAAGGUUCAGAUGGAUCCAUCGGGGUCUUUCUUCGCCACGAGCUGCUCUGAUAAAAACAUCACCAUCUUUGACUACGAGUCAGGAGAGUGUGUCUCCACCCUGUUCGGACAUUCAGAGCUCGUCACCUGUAUGAGGUUCAGUCAGGACUGCAGACACCUGAUCACAGUGUCAGGAGACAGCUGUGUGUUUGUGUGGCGGCUGGACUCUCAGAUGACCAGCAUCAUGAGGAAGAGGCGGGGCCUCAGGCUGACCGCCGCAACUGAAACCCACAAAAAGCCAGACAUCAGGAGGGAGACCUUCAUCACAGUGCCCUCCUCUCAACUGCCCCAGAUGGAGGAAGAGGAGGAGGAAGAGUCUGCACUCAGGACUCCGUACAGGCUGGACCCGUAUCCUGCUGCUCCGCUGCUGCAGACCAACGGGAAACUCCCCCAGUGGUUCAAAAAGCUGCAAGGGGAGGGCGGAGUCUCCUCCACCGUCCAACCAGAAGGUGAGCCUCGCCAAGUGCGCAGUCGAUGGGCGGAGCAGCUGAACCCUGUGACCAUCUGCGCCAGCUUCUCUCCAAGUCCCAACAAGAACUGCGAGGAGGAAGAGGAAGACGAGCAUUUCCACCCUCAGAGUCUGGAGUGUCUGCUGGAAGAGGAGGAAGAGGAGGAGGAGGAGGAAGAAGGAGAGGAUGAGGAGAAGGUGCUGCAGACUGAGGGUGGAGCACAGAACACCUACAUCCUGUACCCCAGCAACACCACCGCCACCGCCGACAGCGAGUUUGAGGUGGAGGGUGUUACUGAUCCACAGCAGUCUCUGAGCCAGCUGGAGGUCAGGGGUCAGGGGGUGGAACCUGUGUGGAACACACAGAUGAGUCCAGACUCUGCCUGUUCUGAGGGAUCUGUAGGAAGUCUGGAGCAACAGCACGACCCUGACACCGACUCGCUGAGUCAGGGCAGCUCUGUGGGCAGUUUGGGUUUGGAGGACGACGAGGACAGAAACUCUCUGAAGAACCACUUUGAAACUCUGGCCUCCAGUCUGAGCGAAGAGAAGUUUGACACAGACCUGAGGGCUCUGCAACCUCUGGACGAAAAAAACUUCCUGAACCCCCGACUCAGCAUCUCCACUCGCUUCCUGUCCCGCUUCCAGGACAGAAUCAGGGCGAGCCGAGCUCCGCCUCCCGUCUCUAUCCCAACCAGGAUCUUGGAGGAGAGCAGCAUCAGCAGCACAUCGGUGAACUCGGAGUCGAGCAGCGGCGUCUCCUCAGCCGGACCCACUCAGAGAGAAAACGACGGCAGAGCGGGAGAAGCGAACUGUCACCAAUCAGUCCUUCAUAGAAGAGCUUCCUGUGCAAUUUCCCAUCAGCCCCAACGCCGCUGCGCACCACGCAGAAGAAACACUUCGCUGGUUGUCCUGUGCAGAAGGACGUUAGGAGAUGUGACCUCCAGGACCAUUGCAGCCCAAAACAGCAGCAGCGAGGAGUCUGCAGAACAGCAGCCAGCACCUCGGCUCGGAUACCUGGGAACCACAGCCAGCUCCAGGGCCAAAGUGAGCCGGGAUGCAGUUGCCACUUUACCCUCCUCCACGUCCAUGCUGGAGGAGAACAAAGAGAACCUCGUCUCCUUAGCAGAUCACCAGCCUGCAGCAGCCACCCUGCAGUCUGCUGGUCAGGAUGGCAAACCUGACAACCAUCAGGACCAAACCAGCAGCCCGCAGGAGUGGACGACGCCCACUCGGGUGGUGUCACAGGUCAGAGUCGACAGGUUUAGUGUCACCAGCACAGAGGACACCAUAAUCCAGACCCCUGUGGUCACACCCACCACCUGUGAUGUCAUCACCUGCGCUUCCUCCAUGCAGAAGGAUGGUCCAAGACUGUCAGAGACAAGAGUGGGGACUGAUCCAGUUCCAGAUGUUUCUCCGGCAGCUGAUUUGCUGUUCUCUGCUCCACCCACCACCUCCUCCUCCCCUCUCUCAGAAAGGCUCCACCCCCCUCGCACAGGUUCAGGAGAUGAAGAUGAAGAGUCGGUCAGUCUGCAGUGUCUGCAGGUCGCUGCUGAGCUGAGAGAGACGACGAGACGAGCCGUCCAUCUUUACCAGAAGCUCGGAGCGUCACUCGGAGCUUCGGAGCGGUGCCUUCAGGCGUCGUCAGCCAUGCGGGAGGCGUUUGGCAUGGUUAACUCUGAUCUGCGGGCAGUGCUGCAGGAGUCGGACGACGGCGGCGCCCCCUGUGGUCAGCUGGAGGACAGCAGAACAGCGUCUCUGCUGGAGAAAUACUCGGAGCUGCUGCUGCAGAUGGUGGAGGAGAAAAUGAAGCGCGUGUGAAGGCCGGGUGGGGGCGGGCUGAUUUUAAACAGUAUUAAACUGUGUGCACCUUAUGUCUGUCUGUCUGUGUCUGAGUUUUAAUCACAGUCAGUGCCUGUAAAUAAACUGUAGUUUAUGUUUUUUAAUAAAUGCAGUGUUUAUA